UUUCUGAGGGAGAGGUUGGAACAAACCAUCUUCGGCGCAGGGGGUGGUUUCGGACUGUACCACCUCUUCCGUGUUAUGGAUGUGUGAGCGCCGCAGUCGCCGCCUCUCCCGCUGGAUUGUGUGCGGCUCCGUUCCCAGUCAUGGAGCUUUUCCAAGCCAAGGACCAUUAUAUCCUGCAGAGUGGGGACCGGGCCGUGUGGUGCAGCCGCCAGGACGGGGCCCUCAGCAGCCGCCCAGCCACAGACCUGCUUCUGGCCUGGAACCCGAUCUGCCUGGGGCUGGUGGAAGGAAUCAUCGGGAAGGUGCAGCUGCACGCAGACCUCCCCUGGUGGCUUCUACUUAUUCGUCAGAAAUCCUUGAUUGGAGUCCUUCCAGAAGGCCACGAAAUCUACAAAAUCAGUAAGAUUGCUGUCAUCCCAUUGUCAGCCGCCGAACCGCAAGACCUUGAGCUCGAGUUGUGCAAGAAACACCAUUUUGGCAUCAACAAACCGGAGAAGAUCACGCAGUCCCCCGACGACUCCAAGUUCCUCCUCAAGACCCUGACUCAGAUCAAAUCCAAUGUCUCUGCCCCCAAUAAGAAGAAGGGUAAGGAAAAUAAGGAAAAGGAGAAACUUGAACGGCGAUUACUCGAAGAAUUAUUCAAGAUGUUCAUGGACUCGGACUCGUUUUACUAUAGCAAAACCUAUGACUUGACCAACUCUGUGCAGCGUCAGAGCAGAUGUGAGACAACGGGGUUUCCGCUGUGGAAGAGGGUGGAUGAGAGAUUCUUCUGGAAUAGGCACAUGCUGCAGGACCUCAUUGAGCUCCAGGAUGAACAUGGAGGCUUCUGGAUCCUGCCCAUUAUUCAGGGCUUUGUACAGAUUGAGGAACUUGUUGUGAACUAUACCGAGUCUUCAGAUGAUGAGAAGAGCAGCCCUGAGACUCCCCCACAAGAGGCAGCCUGUGUAGAUGAUGUGCACCCCCGAUUCCUGGUGGCUCUUAUUUCCCGCAGGAGCCGACACCGAGCAGGAAUGAGAUAUAAACGUCGAGGGGUUGAUAAAAAUGGAAACGUUGCAAACUACGUGGAAACAGAGCAGUUCAUCCACGUUCACAACCACACAUUGUCCUUUGUCCAAACCCGGGGCUCGGUGCCAGUGUUCUGGAGCCAGGUGGGAUAUCGGUACAAUCCCCGGCCUCGCCUCGACAAAGGGGAGGUUGAGACCAAUCUGUACUUCUGCUUACACUUCAACAUGGAGCUGGAGGUCUACAAGAAGCAGGUCCUCAUUAACUUAGUGGACCAGACUGGCCGUGAGAAAAUUAUUGGGGAUGCCUACAUGAAGCAAGUCCUGAUGUUUAACUCUCCCAACCUCACCUAUGUGACCUUUGACUUUCACGAGCACUGUCGGGGGAUGAAGUUCGAGAAUGUGCAAACUCUGACGGAUGCCAUCAGUGACCUCAUUAUGGACAUGAAAUGGUGCUGGGUGGAUCAGGCCGGCGUCAUCUGUAAGCAGGACGGGAUCUUCAGAGUGAACUGCAUGGACUGUCUGGACAGGACCAAUGUGGUGCAGGCUGCCAUUGCCCGAGUGGUCAUGGAGCAGCAGCUUAAAAAACUUGGCGUGAUGCCACCGGAACAGCCACUGCCAAUGAAAUGCUAUAGAGUGUACCAGUUGAUGUGGGCAAACAACGGUGAUGCCAUCAGUAGGCAGUAUGCAGGGACAGCAGCGUUAAAGGGAGACUUCACACGAACUGGUGAAAGAAAACUGGCCGGGGUGAUGAAAGAUGGCGUAAACUCUGCAAAUCGCUACUACAUUAACCGUUUCAGAGAUGCCUACCGACAGGCGGUGAUUGACAUAAUGCAGGGUGUCCCGGUGACUGAAGAUCUUUAUUCCAUUUUCACAAAAGAGAAGGAGCACGAAGCUUUACACCAGCAGCGGCAGAGGGACCACCAGGAGCUGGUCAGCCAGCUGCUCCAGAACUACAUGCAGAUGCUGCUGCCGGACGACGAGAAGUUUCAUGGAGGAUGGGCUCUCGUAGAUUGUGACCCCAGUCUUAUUGAUGCCACUCACAGAGAUGUCGACGUCCUGCUGCUGCUCUCCAACUGCGCCUAUUAUGUGGCCUACUAUGACGAUGAGGUCGAUAAAGUGAACCAGUACCAGCGCCUGAGUCUGGAAGAUCUGGACAAGAUUGAGAUAGGUCCUGAACCCACAUUUUUUGGAAAACCCAAGUUCUCUUGUAUGCGUCUGCAUUACAAGUACAAGGGCAAUGGCGGUUACUUCCACACACUGCGUGCGGUGACUCGAAGCCCCGACGAGGAUGGGAAAGAUACCCUCUUGUGUAUAGCAGAGAUGAUGCGGAUUACAAAACAAGCCCUUUGGUCAGACGUCCCCGUCCUCGAGAAGAAGCUGGAGAGAAAAAACAGCAAACCUCAUGAGGAAAUAAUGGGCAUACGUUCUAGAGGACCUCGGCUGGGCAUCAACGGGGCGGGCCUCGCUCAGAGCAAGAACUUCCUGAUGAGUAAAUUCUCCUCUCUCAACCAGAAGGUCAAACAAACCAAUAUUGGAAGUUUACGCAAGUUAGGAACCUUCAACAAGGCAGAAGUCAAAGGUUUCCUGCAGCCCAAUCUGCAGGUCAGUCUGUGGAAGUCGGAUAGCAGCCUGGAAAAUCCCACCAGUGAUGUCAAAGGUCACAUGGAAUCCGAUUUGGACCUUUCUUCAGACAGUGAUUCCUACCAUUCCGACGAUUACAUUCCCAAGUCUGAUGAUUACGGGCAAGGUACAGGCUCUCUGGAGACCAUUGGUCAAGUGGACUAUGUCCUCCCCAGUUGUGGGAUCAUUGCCUCUGUCCCUCUCCUGAGGAGCCGCUCCCAGUCCGUCAGCAGUGCUGAGAUCAAUCUUCACAUUCCUACUGAAAUCCAGGUCACCCAAUGUGAGGCCACCCCAAAAGAGAAGGUCCUCAUAGAUUUUGGUACCCCCAUUGAGGCUUACUGCCACCAAUUUGUUCAAGAUGCACAGACCAAAGCCUGCCUUCAAAAGAGUGAUGAGAGCAAGGAGAAGGUGGACCAUUUCAUGCUGAGCAAUAAUUCUGGGUGUCUCUCGCCCACCGUGAAGGAACCUGAUCUGCGGCCUUCUCCGCUCAAUGUGUCCGUCAGCGACCCUGUCCCUCACAUGUUAUCUGUAGACCCCGCUCCUGCGUCUCUGUCUGGCCGAUCAAGUCCCGGCUCUGCAGCCUCUCCAGCCGACGGCAGCAGUAGUCGAGCAGUGUCUCCGUUCGCCAAGAUCCGUAGUUCAGUCGUCCAGGUGGCAAAUAUAACUCACGCAGGACUGGCUCAAGGAAUUAACUUUGCUGUGGCAAAAGUACAAAAGUCUCCAGAUCCCGAGGCCGUUGUCUCCCAGAAAAAUGAUUUUAAAGAAAUGUUCACCCAGUGUCAAACGCGCAUUAUCCAGAUCUGAGUGAGCAGCAGGUCCGCAUCUGGGCGAGUGUCCUCCCUCCCGUGCAUUGUGCAGGAAUGUUUACAGGUUUUAAUGUUGUUGUGGUUUUUGGUUUUUUUAAGAUCUCUAUUUUUCCAGGCAGAGUUUGGGGUGUUUGUCAGUGGAGUCCUCUUACUUGACAUGGACAUUGUUUUCAGGUCUUUUAGUUAUUUAUUUAUCUCUUACGUAUGGACACAUUUUAAUUUGCACAGUCUUCCCUUCUUUUUGCCUUAAGUAUUAUAGUCCUAUAAGAAAACCCUUCCGCGUGGAUCCCUGGUACUCGGAGGGAGACUUUACACUGGAACGACCCCUGCAAUACAAUGGCGACUCCUGUUAGCCCCCCGUGUAUAGACGUGCGUACUUUGUGAUGUGCUCUGUGCCUCCGUCAUGUAUUUAUUCCCCCUCCAGGACCUCGUCUCUUCUCUGUUUGUAGUGUUUUAAAAGGAAAAUAUUAAGGAAAGGGACUUAUUUUAAUAAAUAAAAAAGUAAAAAGACUCCAGUCUGUGUGUGC